AUGGCACCUUCUAUCAUCCUCCCCAUAUCCUCUUCCCAAACUACCCAAGAAACUAACAAUCCCCCUAUUGCCAACCUAGCCUCUGGCAGUUUUGUCUCUCAACUCUCCAAUUCAGCUGGCUUCGCCCUCUCCCAUUGCCGCCCAUGGUUGGAGCUCCUCGACUUUUCCGCCAUCGCCCAUCCUUCCUCACUCUCCGAAGCCACCUCGCGCCUUUCUAAGAACAUCCCCUACUUUCGCAUCAAUUACCUACUCCUCCUCUCUUCCAUCCUCGCUCUCUCCCACCCCAUCUCUCUCUUCCUCUCUUUCGCUUGGCUCUUCCUCUACGUUCUUCGCUCCUCUGACGCCCCUCCUCUCCACCUCCUCGGUCGAUCCUUCUCCGAUAAUGAAAUCCUCAUCGGCCUCAUCUCCCUCACCACCUUCAUUGUCUUCCUCACCAGCGUCGGUUCCAUCAUCAUCACCGCUCUCAUGAUAGGCAUUGCCAUCGUGGCCUUACAUGGCUCGUACCAUGUCCCCUAUGACCUCUUCCUCCCUACCGAGGACCCCAGCAUUAGCAAUGUCCCCGGACCUUUUUAA